AUGGCUAUUUCACAUUCACAUCUUUGUCUUCUCCUUGGCUUUGUCUUGCUUUUUACUCCAACUCUUUCCCUAAGAAGAGACUACUUCUUUAGAAAUGGACCAAAUGUUAAUGAUGAUCAUCUAGAUAUCCUUCAUGAUAAAAAAUUCCCAAUAAAUUUUUUGUCUGCUUUUGAUGAUCUUUCGAUUACCCCUCCUCCUCCGGAUGAAUCUCCUGAUGUGGCAAGUCCGGUUGUUUCACCAUCUCCAGAAGAAACCUCAGGUAGUGCACCACCUCCAGAAGAAACCUUAGGUAGUGCACCACCUCCAGAAGAAACCUCAGGUAGUCCACCACCUACAGAAGAAACCCCCGUUACUUCACCACCUCCGGAAGAAACCCCAGGUACUCCACAACCUCCAGAAGAAUCCCCCGGUACUGCACCACCUCCAGAAGAAACCCCAGGUACUCCACAACCUCCAGAAGAAGCCCCCGGUACUCCACAACCUCCAGAAGAAGCCCCCGGUACUGCACCACCUCCAGAAGAAACCCCCGGUACUCCACCACCUCCAGAAGAAGCCCCAGGUAGUUCCCCACCUCCAGUAGAUGCCCCUGGCAGUUCGCCACCUCCGGCACAAACCCCCAGUACUUUACCAUCUCCGGCACAAACCCCCAGUAGUUCACCAUCUCCAGCACAAACUCCUAGUAGUUCACCAUCUCCGACACAAACCCCCAGUAUUUCACCAUCUCCGGCACAAACCCCCAGUAGUUCACCAUCUCCAGCACAAACUCCUAGUAGUUCACCAUCUCCGACACAAACCCCCAGUAUUUCACCAUCUCCGGCUCAAACCCCCAGUAGUUCACCAUCUCCAGCACAAACUCCUAGUAGUUCACCAUCUCCGACACAAACCCCCAGUAGUUCACCAUCUCCGGCACAAACCCCAAGUAGUUCACCAUCUCCGGCAGAACCCCCAACUAUUCCACCACCUCCGGAAGAACCCCCAAUUAUUCCACCACCUCCUUUACAUGGCCUGAUCAAUUUGUUCUAA